AGUAGACCGUUCCAGGCGACGGACGUAGAUUGGAUUGUUCCAGCGAGCCCGAGUUUCCAGCCGUGCUGACCCACGACGCACUCUCCCGAGGACAGUUAACACUUGACGACGUCCUUUGCGUAGAUCCUACUGAAGGAGGUGAAUUGAUAGCUCUGCUGAAGAAGAAGAAGACUAAAGGAUUUCUUAUGCUCAGUCGACUAAGGAAUAAAUUAUGAAUGAAAUUAACUAACUUUUUUAUAUUGUAUAUUUCAGUGAAUAACCACGAGUGAAGGUGUUUGAGGAAUUAAGAUUUAUAUAGAGUGAUUUAUAUGCCAAAUGAAUGAUUACUAUAUAUACACGACAGUGAUUUAGAGAUUCAAUGAAUGAUAUAUAUGAGCUGUGAAUGAAAAUUGCAUGAUUUUUAAAAAUCUACUGGAUUGAUUUUGUGCGAAUCUUCAAAAUGAUUGGAAAAUUCAAAAUGCAUCAGACCAAUGUUUAUAAGACUGAAAUCAUGUUACAAUGUUCACAUGCAGCAGAGGUGUGACAAGAAUAAGAUUAAUCUGAGUAAAUUGAAUAAUACCAAAAGAAAAUCAUUAUUUUUUAAAAAUGGGGGUAAUCAGAUAAAAUAAAUAUUAUCGACGCAAAAAAAGCAAAAGGCUUUUUAAAAUAACACGAGAAUAAAAAAAAAAUACCAAAAAUAAUAAAUUUAGAAGAAAAAAUGUGGGUAAUCAAAUAAAAGAAGAAAUUCAACCUCAAAAGAGAGAGAGAGAAAAAAAAGGUGUUUUUUUGUUUUUGAAAGUGAACGGGGUUGGAGGAGGAAAUUCGCACGCGAAGAAAAUGUCUAUUAGGAUGAGAGUGAGUUCCGACCACCACCUUCUUCUUCAUCAUGUUGGCGAUAGGAUUUUACUCCAGUGCUUGGCGACGACAGUGCUCCUGGUCUCAGCGGUGUUCGCUGGCCCUCAGGUCGUCGAGGAGGACGACCAGAGCGGACUGGAAGAGAGUCCUCUGACGGUAGUCCAAGCCGUGGAGUCUGGUCGAGUGCUUCUGCCCUGUGACGUGUCUGCCCCAGAGCCGACCGAUGACACGAUACUUGUGCUUUUCUAUCAAGGACCAAUUGGCACACCUAUUUACAGUAUCGACGGGCGGAACGGGCCGAUCAACCGGGCACCCCAUUGGGCGGACGAGAACACCCUCGGCUCCAGGGCGUACUUCGACAUGGCGUCGGAGCCCCCCGGUCUGGUCCUGCAGUCGGUGAAGGAAAGCGACGACAACGAGUACAGGUGUCGCGUCGACUUCAGGUCGUCCCCCACCAGGAACGUCAGGAUCGAGCUGGAUGUCAUAGUUCCACCAAAGAAGAUUAAGAUCCUAAGUGAGGCUGGAUUGGAAGUCAGUGGGGUCAUCGGCCCCUACCCAGUGGGUGCCUCUGUCAAACUUCAGUGCCAAGUGGACAGUGGUCGGCCGCGUCCCGGCGUCUCCUGGUUCCACGAGGCCCUCCUCGACGACGUGAGCGAAGUCCGCAGGGGAGACGUGACCUCCAACACCCUGACCAUCCCGGCCCUGACCCGGAAUGACCUCUACAAGGUGCUGACCUGCCAGGCUUCGAACUCCAAUUUGUCGGUGCCUGUGGCCGCUGCCGUUACUCUAGAUAUGAGCUUCCCCCCACUAGACGCCCGCAUUCUGGGGUCCCUGGACAGCCUAGCGGAGGGAGAGCGGUACGAGAUCGUCUGCGAGUCGUCUGGUUCCCGCCCCACGGCGACGAUCACCUGGUGGAAGGGGGGGAUUCUCAUGACUGACACCAGAAGUCAGGUGUUCCAGGAAGGGAACGUCAGUCGUUCCACGCUGUAUUUGACGCCCUCCCUGGCGGAUCACGACGUGUACGUCUUCUGCAGGGCGAAGAACCCCAUGGUGCCCUCGGCUGUCAUGGAGGAUUCCAGGAAGCUGAAUGUCCAUUAUACUCCCAGAUUAUCCCUGGCAGCUGGUUUAAGCCUGGAUAUGGAUGACAUCAAAGAAGGAGACGAUGUUUACUUCGAGUGUGGCAUCAACGCCAAUCCUAAGGUUAUCAAAGUCCAGUGGUACCACAAUGGCGAGGAGCUGGUCCACAACGUAACAGCUGGCGUUAUACAGAGCAACCAGAGUCUGGUGCUUCAGCGAGUAAACAGGCGUUCCUCAGGGCAGUACACUUGCUCUGCCACCAAUGUUCACGGCCAUGGAAAGUCCAACGCGGUGCAACUCAGCGUAAAGUUUGCUCCCGUAUGUCGCCCAGGCCAGAAGAUCAUAUACGGAGGAGGUAAACACGAAGAACUGAAUGUCACCUGUAAUGUAGAGGCCCACCCGGAGCCUAAUUACUUCAGAUGGGCCUUCAACAGCUCCUCAGAAGUGGUGGACAUUCCUUCCAGCAGCUUCAAGGUCAUCGGGAAGGGCAGGAGCCAGGCCUCUUACACUCCCAAGACCCACCUGGACUACGGGACCCUCCUCUGCUGGGCCAACAACGAGGUCGGAAGGCAGCUGACACCUUGUAUCUUCCACGUCAUCCACGCAUCCGCCCCCGACCCCGUCAACAACUGCACCGUUGACAACGUGACCUCCGUGGGCGCCUCCGUCAGGUGCCAAGCGGGUUGGGACGGCGGCAUGGAACAGACGUUCAUGCUACGCGUCAGCCACGCCCGCGCCCACACGCGCGCCCACGAUAAGAAGAAGGAGGCGCCGCGCGUCCUGGCCAAUACCUCCACUUCGCCCAAGCCCGAGUUCCUGCUGACUGGGCUGGAACCCGGCACGGAGUACGUGCUCACCAUCAUGGGCGUGAACAAGAAGGGCCAGAGCGACGCCAUGCGCAUGGCCAUCGUAACGCUGAAGGAUGUCGCCGAGAAGAGGACCAGCCCUGGGUCAGGCACCAUAGCCCUCACGCCGAUCCUAGCGGUACUGUUCGGGGUUUUGGCUUCGAUCCUCCUGAUGGUGAUCGUCAUCGUGAUCGUCGUGCGGUCCCGUCAGCCACGCCCUCGGAAGCCCGAGGUCAAGAUGCUGUACGACAAGGGCGGGUCGCCAGCCACCCUCCCCCUGAGGCGCCAUGACGAGCCUUCCGCGGUAGACGACCACAAUCCCGACGUGAUUCCUAUCAAUGAUGACCACCAGGUGAAGGAACUCAAACAGGAAUACGUCACGGAGACAACAGGACUCCCCCAGGGGGGCGGAGGCCCCUCCUUCGACCAUGUCCGUCAGGGGAGUCCUUCCCAAACGUCCCCCCAACAAACAUCCUCCAAGAAGGAGUACCUCCAAGGGCACGAAGGAUCUUUUUACAUCAAUCCAGGCACUCUCCUCCGGCAGAAAGGGGCGUUGCCACCACGGGAUGCGGAUUCUCUCCUGCUGAUGGGCUGUCCGCUGGCCGCCUCCACGCCAACCACCACCACCACCCGCAACUCCACCACAACGCCCACCGUAAGCGGAAACUUAGACCGCCAAGAAAGCGAGAGGAUUUCCAGAGAAAGUCCCGCUCGGGAGACAGCGAUCUCGACCUCUCCAUGGCUUCCACAAGGUUCUAGAAGGAUCCAAAAGCAGAGGUCGAGGCGCCCCUCGCAAAAGUCCUUGCUGUCCGUCACAGGCUCACCUUCCUCCUCUUCCAUAGGUGUCCAGCGGUCAGAUUCCAACAGGUCUAUGACCAGUAGGCCUACAGUGCAUAGGUCUGAGUCUAACAGGUCUGUUACCAAUAGGCCUACGGUGCAAAGGUCAGAGUCUAACAGGUCUGUGGCCAAUAGGCCUACGGUGCAAAGGUCAGAGUCUAACAGGUCUGUGACCAAUAGGCCCAUGGUGCAUAGGUCCGAAUCGAAUAGGUCUGUGAAUAUCAUCAAGGCAACAGUGCAUAGGUCAGAGUCCAACAGGUCUGUGAACACCAUCAAACCGACAGUGCACAGGUCAGAGUCAAACAGGUCUGUGAACACCAUCAAGCCAACUGUCCAGAGGUCAGAGUCGAACAGGUCUGUGACCAACAGGCCUGUGGUGCACAGGUCAGAGUCGAACAGAUCCGUGACCACCAGCGCGACGGUUCACAGGUCAGAGUCGACCAGCAGGCCUAACAGCGUUCAACGCUCAAGCUCCAAGAGGCCUCAGAAGCCAAAGCUGAGGAUUGACACUUCAACGUCCUCUUGGUCCUCCGCGCAGGACCCCAGGAAGCUCGAGAAGCGGAGGUCACUGGAGGCAGAGGAUGUGACCUCUCCCUGGCUCCUGAAUGCCCCCAUCAUCAAGGAGGAGUGGAGGUUCAAGGAGACUCUGGUGGCUACUUCUCCGUGGCUCCAGGAGCACCAGAGGUCAGGGUCGCUGAAGUCACAGGAGGUAGAAGAGAGCAUUGCCCCUUGGCCUCCGCUGGUGACCAAGCAGGCGGAGAAGGUGAGGAUAGUCUGUCCUCUGGAUGCCAAAGUGAGGAUCGAGUUGAGGCUUUAGGAUUUCCGGAGCAUAAACAAGGUCAAAGAAACCUUCGCCAAAAAGGGAGAAACGAACUCACGAUGAAGAUAGGCCUAGGAUUACAAGUUCUAAGUUCUGCGAGUUUAAGAGGAUUUCCAGAGAUGCGUUGAUUUUUAAACAAUUCAUUUCUAUUGACUUAUUACAAGAAGUUUCCAUAUAUUAUUUAUAUAUAUUUCAAAUACUCCAAAGACUGAUAAUGGAUAAUAUAUGGACAAUAAUAAUUUAUAAUCCAUCUUAUUCCAGAGAAGAAAUGUUUUUUAACCAUAAAUUUUCAAAGACAUAUUACAAGAAGUUUCUAAUAUAUAUAUUUCAAGUACUCCAAAGACUGAUGAUGGAUAAUUGUGGACAAUAAUAAUAAUAAUAAUUUAUGAUUAAUUGUAUUCCAAGUACGCUGAAGGUAAAAGCGUACGCUGACCAGAGCUUAUUUUGAUAACCCGGUUCUAUGCCGAAACGUAGGGAAGAAAUACAAUUUAAAGAAAAAACUGCCCUGACAUAUGCCAGCUGUGUGCUGUUGAUUACGUAUGUAUGAUAAAAAAAAAUACGGUACGAACACGUAUAUAAUUAAAAUACGGUAUGAUUCUCGACGUAAUAAUGGUUCUCGUGUUAUUGUUGUAACGAUUCUCAUCGAGGAGGUGGGAAUCUCUCAAUGUUUUUCUCGGUGUGAAAUUCGGCACGAGGGCAGUUGAGCAACUCAUGUUGAUAUUCAACAGUUGUUGUGUGUGUGUGAUGAUGUAGUCAAGUUAUUCAUUAACGGUGGAUAAUGAAUAAUUAAUUAAUAAAUUAAAAAAAAAUAAAUUGUUUACAGCUGAUUCAUAGUGCCUAUUAAAGUGGAAAAGGUAAAGUGAUGAUCUACAUUUUUACUUUUAUGAUGGGAGAAAAAUGAUAGAUAUUUCGCAUUCAUUUGUUGAAUCUUGUACAUAGAGACAUUCAUUGACAUGAGAUUAUUAUUAUUCAUUGUGAAUUUGAUGUAUAAGACAAAAAAAAUGAAUUGUACAAUGACGAGUCAGUUGAUGUGUUAUCCAAAUGAGGUAUCUGCGCAUAUUAGAGACAGACACUUAUUCAAAUCAAUCUUAUGUAAGUGUGCAACAUUGAUAUGGUUGGCAGUGGUAUUUUUAAUAUUGUUUAUUAUGUUUUUUUCUUAAAUAAAGAUUUUUAUAUGAGAGAUUGAAUAUUAAACACUGCACACGUGUAUACUUCUUAUAUAUAUAUAUAUAUAUAUAUAUAUAUAUAUAUAUAUAUAUAUAUAUAUAUAUAUAUAUAUAUAUAUAUAUAUAUAUAUAUAUGCAGAAGCCAGGUACUAUGUCGUACCUCUAAGUAAAGGGGGAU